AUGGCUUCUCGCUGGAGCAAUUUGCCAUACAGCGAACAAGAACAACUAUAUUUGGCUCAAACGACAACCACUUUAGACGGAGACCAGAUUCUGUGUUAUUACAAGAACGUCGUCAACGAUAGCCCAAUACCAUACGUAUGUGAGCUCGGGUGCUGUCCUCACGGAUGUUGUGGCAUACAGGAGAUAUCUCAAUCCAACACUUAUGGAUGGGCUAUAGCAUUGUUCUUCGUUUUGGUUUUCAUAAUAAUCUUUGCUUUGAUGGCGCUGUUUACUGUUUGUUACAUUCACCGUCAAAAAAGUCAGCAAAGGCGUCAAAAUGGUUUGAACUCGAUUGAUGAAAGUAUAAGCGGAUCACAGGUCAGUUCAAGUUCUUAA